CCGGCGGGAGGGCAGCUUCGCGGCGGCGGCGGCCCCGGCGAUUGUUUGCCCCGCGGCGUCGAAGGAGACGGCGGAGUUGGGGUGAUCUGGGGGAAGCGGGGUGAGGCUGCCCGGCUGCCCCGAGCGGACGCACUCUCGCCCAGCCUGCCUAGCUAUGGAAGCAGCGCGGCGGGCGCUGCGGCUCCGGCUGCUGCUGCUGCUGCCGCCGCUGCUGGGGUCGGCCUGCUCCGCGAAAGUUCCCUUUGAAGAAACCAAGAGGUCUGGCUUGUUCGCAUUCCCAAAACCGAAUUUACCCUCCAGGGACUCAAAGACUGUGCACAGAUCACCCCGUUCCUUUCCAGGCCAGAUAAACAACAUCAGCUACACUUCGGUGCCCCCUGUGAAUUCCAGCACUGUGAAGGACAGCAUGCUCACCUCUGCUGAAGGUUAUGCAGAUCAGCUCCUUCAGUCAAUUAAGUUUAAUCCUACUAUAAGAACUAUACAGAUUGCUGAACAUAUGGACAUUAAAUUUAAUUGCUCCAUCAGCGUUCAUAAAUCAUUAAUCAACCACGACUCUGCACUUAUUUCCUUGUGGAAGGAUGGGAAGGAGCUCCUUGAUGCUGAUCGGUUGGCCAGCCAGUAUUAUCAAUUUAAUGACCACGAAGACAUUACUAUGAUAUCUACUUUCAGCAUAAUCAAACUCCAGCGCUCUGAUAAUGGGUCAUACAGCUGCAAACUGAAAGUCCAGAAUAAGGAAAUAGUGUCAGAUCCUAUUUUGAUUUUGUUGGAAGGGCUGCCAUACUUCAUCAAGCAGCCCCAGGGACUGAAUGUCACCCGAAACAGACCAUUCAAUCUCACGUGCCAUGCAGUGGGUCCACCCGAACCAGUUGACAUUCUCUGGCACCAGAACAGCACCCAUCUUACGAAGAGGAGUCCAUCUCCUUCCGUCUUGAUGGUGCCAGGUCUUAAUGAAACUGCCAUUUUCCACUGUGAAGCUCACAACAAGAAGGGAGUAACUACGUCCACAGAAGCCCGGAUCAAUAUCAAAGGACUUCCGUCCCCGCCUGUCGAGGUGAACAUUGUGGACAGAACAGCUCACACAGUCACGGUGUCCUGGAUCCCAGGGUUCGAUGGCUAUUCGCCUUUGAGCCACUGCAGUGUUGAGCUAAAGGAUAUCUCUGCCUGGAGUAAUGUUUCCGUGAUGAUUUUUAACACGUCCACACCUCCUCAUCUGUACCGUAUUCGGCAUCUCUCGGCUCUGAAAGAUUACAACGUUCGUGUGUCUUGUCUGAACGAAGUAGGAUGGUCUGAUUUCAGCCCUUGGGUUCUGGCCAGUACAACGGAAGGAGCUCCCUCUGCACCUGCUGAGAAUGUCACACUCUCAAUCAAUGAGUCCAGCUCUUCUGUGAUAAUCACGUGGAGAAAGCCCCCUGCUGCCCAACUGAACGGUGAACUUCAAGGCUACAGCAUCUCUCAUGUGUGGCAGAGUUCAGAGUUGUCUCGGAAUCUCUCUUCUCAUGCCAACAAAGACAGCACCACCAUUCACAUCCCGAUUGUGGCCACUGAUGCCACCUGCAUCGUGCAAGUAGCUGCAGUCACAAAUGGUGGAGUUGGGCCAUUCAGUGAUCCAGUGGAAAUUUUUAUUCCUGGGAACGGUUUGAUAUCUGCGGCACCUUCUUCAGCUACAGCAUCUGGAAAAACAGAUUCGAUUACAAUCAUCCUUGGGCUUAUAUGCGGAGUUGUUGUUGUUGGAUUAAUUUUAUAUCUAUCUGUGCUUCUCAGGAACAAACUGAGAGAGGAAACCAAGUUUGGGCAUGCUUUCAACAGUGAUGAGUCAAAACUGUUUGUAAAUUACAGACCAAAGAAGUCCUACUGCCGCAGAGCUGUUGAACUGACACUGGGCAGCCUUGGUGUGAGUGAAGAGCUACAGGAAAAACUCCAGGAUGUUGUGAUUGUUAGGAACAAUUUGGCCCUGGGGAAGAUCUUGGGAGAAGGGGAGUUCGGAUCAGUCAUGGAAGGGAGUCUGAGCCAUCCUGAUGGAACUAUUCAAAAAGUAGCUGUGAAAACAAUGAAGUUGGACAGCUUUUCCCAACGAGAAAUUGAAGAGUUCCUUAGGGAAGCUGCAUGCAUGAAAGAUUUUGAUCACCCAAAUGUCAUCAAACUUCUUGGUGUGUGUAUAGAACCAAGUUCCCAGAACAUUCCAAAACCCAUGGUGAUUCUCCCAUUCAUGAAAUACGGUGAUUUGCAUAGCUUCCUGCUUCGUUCAAGACUUGGAAUGGGCCCACAGUAUGUACCACUACAGACUUUACUGAACUUUAUGGUCCAUAUUGCUCUUGGAAUGGAGUACCUCAGUAACAAACAGUUCCUACACAGAGACUUGGCUGCUCGAAACUGCAUGUUACGUGAUGACAUGACUGUGUGUGUAGCAGACUUUGGUUUAUCCAAGAAGAUUUACAGUGGAGAUUAUUACCGGCAGGGUCGCAUUGCGAAGAUGCCUGUGAAAUGGAUUGCAAUAGAAAGUCUUGCCGAUCGAGUCUACACAACAAAAAGUGAUGUGUGGGCUUUUGGCGUUACAAUGUGGGAGAUAGCAACCCGAGGGAUGACACCAUACCCAGGAGUUCAGAACCAUGAAAUUUAUGACUAUCUCUUCCAUGGGAAUAGGCUGAAGCAGCCAGAAGGAUGUUUAGAUGAAUUGUAUGAUAUAAUGUUCUCCUGUUGGAGGGCAGAUCCUGUGGACAGACCCACCUUCUCUGAACUGAAGCUUCACCUGGAAAAGCUGCUGGAAAGUUUGCCUCCCCUCAGUGAACCUACCGAUGUUAUUUAUAUUAAUACAAGCUUGCUGGAGGAGAGCAUGGAAGGACUGCCAGAGAUUUCUGACUUUCCCCAGAUAGACACGAACCUCGAUGCUGGUUCCAUCAUAGAGUCCUGUUCCCAGAGGCCAGAGACCACAGUGGUCACUGUGGACAUCCAUGAGAACAACGAGGUGGGGAACAGAUACAUUUUAAGUGGGGUUAGAGAGGAACACAGUGCUAAUGUGGUAAGGUCAGAAGAGGAAGAUCUGCCCCUGCUCCAGUACAUUCCCUCGCAGAAUGGGAUAUUGUGGUCACAGCCCAGCACACUCCCUGUAGGAAGUAUGUUGACCGAUGAACUGUUGUUUGCAGAUGACUCCUUGGAGGACUUAGAAAUUCUGCUUUGAAAGAAAAAGUGAGACUCUUCUGAGGUGCAGAUUAGAGCUCCCUCUUGGCCAGAAACGUCUUGGAUGGACUUCCUCGUUCUUGUCACGCACAACCAGCCUUUGGACCAACUUCUCCAAGCCUUGUUCAGCAAGUGACUAAUAGAAGGAGUGUUUUGUCUCUCUGUUUGUAUAAUAUGCUAUCUUUAUAGAGAUUAUAUUUUAAUAAACAAUGCCCCAUUAUGUC